GUAAUGGCCUUGGGAUUAAGGUGCUUCCGCUUGGCCCACCCUGCAUUUUGCAGCUCCCUUGCAGCCCUGACCAGACCUGUUUCAGAAGUUACAUUGAAGAUGUUGAGUGGAAGACAAAAUGACCAUAGGCAAUACAUGGCCUACCCAGCUUUACCAGUCCGCCAUUUUGCUACCAAGAAAGCCAAAGCCAAAGGAAAAGGACAGUUUCAAACCAGAGUGAAUAUUAAUGCUGCCUUGGUUGAGGAGAUAAUCAACUUGGAAGAGGUAGAUGAAGAAAUGAAGUCUGUGAUGGAAGCCCUCAAUGAUAAUUUCAACAAGACUCUCAAUAUAAGGACAUCGUCAGGAUCCCUUGAUCCUAUCACUGUGGUAACUGCUGAUGGGAAGCAUGCUUUAAACCAGAUUGGCCAGAUCUCCAUGAAGUCGCCACAGCUGAUUUUGGUGAACAUGGCCAGCUUCCCAGAGUGUACAGCUGCAGCUAUCAAGGCUAUAAGAGAAAGUGGAAUGAAUCUGAACCCAGAAGUAGAAGGGACACUAAUUCGGGUGCCCAUUCCCAAAGUAACCAGGGAACACAGGGAAAUGCUGGUGAAGCUGGCCAAACAGAGCACCAACAAAGCCAAAGACUCCUUAAGGAAGGUUCGUACUAAUGCAAUGAAUAAACUAAAGAAAUCAAAGGAUAAGACCUCAGAGGACACCAUCAGGCUCAUAGAGAAACAGAUCAGCCAAAUGGCCGACGAUACAGUUGCAGAGCUGGACAGGCUUCUUGCAAUGAAGACCAAAGAACUCCUUGGAUGAAAGUCUACCAGAGGCCAGCAACGCUGUAGAGCUCAGUUCCUGUGAAUCUCAUGGCAAAUC